GUUUAAAUCGGAUCGAAUUGAUAACAGGCGUUUGAAUUUGAUUCAGUUUUUCGAAGCUAUUUAUGGCUUCGACGAUUUUUAGGAGUGUAUGUACUUAUAUUGUUUGGCAACUUGAGUAGUCGCGAACUAUUAUGUUUUUCUUUGUCUGUUUUGGUUUAAACGCGAUUUGUAACGUAUUAUGGGACAUUUAAAGGACAUUGGAUAUUAUGAAAAUUAAAGACAUCGACGUGAGCUUAAAUUGCUUCCAUAUUAAAUGCAGUAAAUUUCAUGGUAAAUUUAACAUAAGGCCGAUAGAGCUUUAAAAGAUCUUUUUUGAAAAAGCUGUUUAAAAAGUAUACUUUUUCCUUGUGUUAUAUGACGGAAAAAGGAAGGGCAUAUAGAAAACGGACUGGUAAAUAAUGUAAUUGGAUACCAAGUCGAGGUUAUUUGAAAUAGGCAAUUGGAUAAAUCGUAUAUGGACUACCGGUAUAUAGUAGAAAACAGUGGAUGUGACAUAUUUGCUGCAGCUCUUUAUUAAAUAUUGUUCGAAAAUGUGUAAAACAAUAGCAUAAUACUUGUGUUAUUUAAUUUGAAUUUCUCUUUGCUAGAGAUUGGUUUUAUAUUAAGGUGAAUUACGAUAAAUCAUGUCGGUAAAACUUCAAAAUAUAUCUCUACCAAAAUCAUAAUGGAGUAACGAAUGUUAGUAUUUAAAAUCGACCAUGCAACUUUAAACCAACGCCAAUGCUAAGUAAGGCAUUUUUUGUUCCGUUAAAGACAAAAGUUUUACUCCAAUUUAACUUAGUAAAAAAACAGCAGAGUAUAACGCUAAGUGUAGACAUAUUUUCAAAUUGCAACUGCGUAAACAAGCGCUAAAACAACGCCAGAAAAAACGUCAUCAUGAAACAACAAGACACGCGGUUUUCUCAACAGGACGGCGUUGCCUCAAGCGUAGUCUUCGAUGUAGACAACCGAAAAUUGUACGCGUCGAAGGAAGUCCUGGCGCUCUGCUCUCCGGUGUUUAGGCGGAUGUUCGAGUCGGACUUCCGAGAGCGUUCCGCCGAGUGUAUACCACUUCCGGGAAAGGUGUACAGAGAUUUUGUCGAGUUUCUACUGUGCCUGUAUCCGGACACACAGAAAGCGUUGACAGACGACACGGUCUUCCCGGUAUUUAGCCUGGCAGAUGAAUACCAAGUGGAAAUUCUGCUCCGGAAGUGCGAGAACUAUUUGCUGUCCAAGUGUAAGGAUACAAACACUUCAUACAGUUCUUUGGUCAACAUCCUGUUGUGCGCGGAAAAUUACAAUAUAAAGGACCUGUAUAACGUCUCGUUCGACCGCGUGUCAAAGAUUCAUCCUCUCGAGGUCUCUGGAAUUCAUGAGUAUUCAAAAUUAUCAGAAGAAACACGAACAAAGUUCCAGAAACUCAGAGAACAGGCAUUGGACGUCAAAUUGACAGACGGGAACGUACACGAAGUUUUACGCAUCGCCGCGGACUACAAUGACCAUGACCUCGUUUCGAGGUGUGAAAGCCACAUGAUCGCGCGCUGCAAGAAGGCCGAGAAGCCCCUGAUGCACGGGCUGUGUAACAUGUUGAGCGCAGCCGACAAACACAAACUCACCAAACUGAAAGAGGAAGUGCUCGAACUUGCGAUAAAGCGGAAGUCGAACGAACUUGAGGCGUCGCCAAUUUUUAAAACAUUGACGCCAGAAACGCGGUGUAAGGUGUUGUCAAAACGGUUGCGAAUAUUCGAGGGGCUGUUCACGAAGUUAUGCAAACUGAGGUGCCACUGUUGUAGGAAGCACGCGGAUUACAGCUGUAAAAUAUGCUUCAUCUCUACAACGAAAGAGUGCUUUGAGUCCGCAGGGUUGGUGUUUUGACGACACAUCAACGAAGUGAACGCCCUACUCGUAUUAAUGUUCUACAUUGUUUUCAUUUCUUUCCUAAUCAUACGUGUUCUAUGUUUCUUAUUUGUGUGUGUCAGUUAGUUCUGACCGAAUAUGAAAGAAUUAAAAUUCCAUCACAGGUCGCAGUGGUGUAGCGGAUAUGGUGUUCGCCCAGCGAUCGAGAGGUCAAAGGUUCGAUUCCCACUGUGGGAGCGUUCUUUAGAUUCCCCCCAUAUACACAAAGUACUGGUUAAUGUCCCAGGAAACCGACUCGAGAGCUUUUCAAAUAAGCCUUAGGCUUUCUAUGCAAUCGAGCUCAAAUAAAUACGAUUAUUCUAAAAUUAUCAACGUCCAACAUUGUUUUCAUUUAUGUCCUAAUCAUACUUGUUCUAUGUUUCUUGUUUGUGUGUGUCAUUGGUUGUGACUGAAUAUGAAAGAAUUAACAUGCCAUUGACAAGUUUGAAGCUAGAGUUUAAUACAUUUAAGCUACAGAUGAAGUGCCUGUGUGAAUAAACUAAACUAAGUAUGCGCACAAUUACUUUAUUUUUGGCAUUGAACCCGAUUCGGUAUUUUGACAGCAUUUAUCUGAUCAUUAUUUAAGUUCUUAUCUUUCAUAUCUGUCAGUUUUUCAGAUUAUUAUUUCAUUAAAGGCAGAACGACACGAACAUCGUAGGAAAGGAACCCGACUAACGAACCUUAGGCUAACGUUCCAAUCCUAUAAACUUUAAAAUGUUUGUAACUUAUUCUGCAAACACAUUCUUGAAUAAAUAUGUUUACACCGAAGCAA